AUGUGGCUCAAUAUUCCAGCAUUUGAUCUCUUGGCUUGCACAUUGAUCUUCACUACUUUGUUGGGCACUAGUAAAGCUGCUGAUUGUCUUUCUAAUGAUCCAUAUGCACCAAAAGUUGCUUAUACCAUUACUGUUCAAAAAUAUGGUGGUUAUGGUAAUUUUACUACAAUUCAAGCUGCCAUCAAUUCCAUUCACUCACAGAAUAAUCGAUGGGUUCGUAUCCUUAUUAGUCCUGGAUUUUAUAGAGAGAAGGUUAUUGUCCCAGCAGACAAGCCCUGCAUACUUCUUCAAGGAAAGAAUAGUAAGAGCACUAUGAUUUCAUGGAAUGACCAUACAAUAACAGAUAAGAGUGCUACUUUCACCUCAUUGGCUAAUAAUUUUGUGGCAAAAAAUAUUGCAUUCAAGAAUGCAUAUAGGUAUCAGACACCUAUGAAUGGAAACCCUAUUAUGCAGUCAGUUGCAGUUGAAGUAGUUGGUGACAAAUCAUCUUUUCAUAGAUGUAGUUUCUUUGGAUUUCAAGAUACAUUAUGGGAUGUUAAAGGUCGCCAUUACUUUAAAAACUGUUAUAUUGAAGGUGCUGUGGAUUUCAUUUGGGGGAAUGGCCAGUCCAUAUAUGAGGGAUGUAAAAUAUCUGUUCUUCCUUGUUUAGGAGGACUGGUAACAGGAUUUAUUACAGCUCAAGGCCGAAACUUGGCAAAUGAGAACAGUGGAUUUGUGUUUAAAGCUGGUAAAGUAUUUGGAAAUGGUAACGCAGAGGCUUAUCUUGGUAGAGCUUAUGGAGCUUAUUCAAGAGUAAUUUGGUAUGGAACAGAAUUCUCUGAUGUUAUAGUUCCUCAAGGAUGGCAAGCUUGGAACUAUGUCAACCAUGAGUAA